GAGGAGGAGGGGGGUGUGUGGUUGGUGGAGUGGGUGGUGGUAUGAGCAUAGUGGCUCUGGAUACAGACGUGGGAAAGGCAGAGGUUCGUCUGAGGGUGGCGGAGUGCUACGUGGCGUUGAAGGAGGUCAAGCCUGCACUCACAGAGCUGGAAGCCGUGCCUCACCGCCUGCGCUCGCUGCGCCUCAACCUGCUGCUGGCCCGCCUCUACCACUCCAGCAGCUACGACCGUGCUGCCCUGGCCGCUUACAAGGAGUGCCUCAGGCAGUGCCCGUUCGCCAUGGAGGCCCUGGCAGCUGUGGCUCAGCUGGGGCUAUCUGCCAAAGAGACCUGCGCGCUGCUGCCCCAGCAAGAGCCCCUUCCGAGCACCCCCAGCAGCAGAGGGGGCGGCAAGGCGGCAGGGGCAGGGGAGGUGCACGAGUCGUGCAGGUGGCUGCAGAAGUAUGUGGAGGCCCAGGCGCACCGCACAGCCAACGAGAAUGCAGCCAGCUUGGACGAGUAUCAGCAGCUGGUGUCUCGAUUCCCCAACAACGUGCACCUGCACCUGCACAUGGGGCAGGUGGAGGCAUCUCAGGGCCGCAACGAAGAGGCCAUGAUUCACUACCAGAAGGUGCUCUCGCCCUUCAACUAGACGACCACCACUUCCCUGCUCUCCUAGCCAAGGGCGCCAUUCUGCUGCAUGCCGAUCGGUCCGAGACAGCAGCGGUGGCGGCAGCAGCAGCAGCCAUUUUUCGGAGAGCAUACACUCAGAAGCAAGACCUGCGGGUGU